AUGCUGUCUCAACGUGCCGCAGCCACCACAUCGGCUGUUCUCCCCCGUCUCACUGCUGCGUCUGCCCGUGUCAACACACAUGGCCAGCGUCGCACCGCUUCCCUCAAGGCCGCUGGGCCGCGGGUGGCCCUGAUUGAGGGUGUGCGCACCCCUUUCCUCAUGUCCGGCACCGACUACAAUGACAUGCAGUGCCACGACCUCUCCCGCGAGGCCCUCAAGGCUCUGCUGAAGCGCACGGCCAUUGAUAAGUCGCUGAUCGACUACGUGUGCGUCGGUAACGUGCUGCAGGAGGUCCGCACCAGCAACGUCGCCCGCGAGGUGAGCGCGCACCACGCGUGA